AUCGGUGCAGAAUGAUUCAAAAUCCCAAAUUCGGGGAUGGUUCUUGAUUCCAAUGAAAACGAAAGCUAUACAUGGUCGCGCGGGAUAGAACGCGUCGUAAAUAAAAAUCAGAGUAAAUGGAAAGGAUCUUCUAACGAGUUUGCGUACGCGAUCUUGAAUAACGUGAGCCCCGAAAUCGCGGGUCAAACAAGAAACAGAAAAUCCAGCAGACUGGAUGCUCGUUCCGUGCAAGGACGAUUGGCAGACUUAUGUUCUAUUCCGACUUUCACGCGAAGACGAACGUGACGAAAUUAACAAGUACGUGUCGGCAAUGCGAAAGAGAAUUUGUUCGAACAAACAUUUUUACAACGAUAUCAAAAUCGACUUAGAGAUCGUUGUUGCGACGAAUUGUCACGCAUUGCCUGUAUCGAAUAAAGCCGUACGUGGGAUCAUGGGAUGGAUCGAAUCGUAGAGUCGAUCGAUGCGUCGAUUCAACGUCUCGACGUAUUUCGUCGACAAAAAGCGAGAGUUAUCGCGGUGGAUUUUCGUCUCUCUGCUCUGCUCUCUGUUUCGAGAUUCGACACAAAACGUGGCGCGUUACAGAGCGAAACAGAAAAUAUCCGGAUGUCCCUGAUCGCGUCUAUACAUGGACAUUUAGAGGUAACCUUCGUCCUCCGUCGGUGCCGCGCGGCAUUCUUACGAAGUCGAUUAAUCGAGAAGCGAUUCCGAAACAUCGACGAGUCUCGCACGUGCUCGUUAGUGGCGCUUAGCGUGCGCGGUUCACGAUCGUUCGACCGAAAUCGAUCGUUCGGCGCGCAUCGCUCGUCGAAUUUCCCGCGGUUCCCACGAUCCUUCCCGCGCGUCAAAUUUGGUCAAACUGGACACGCGACGUCGCGCGGUAUCCCGGUGGUUCGCGCCGAACGUCCGAUUCUCUGUUUUCGCUGAUAAACGUCCGAGAAACGACAUUGGCGACGGUCGAAACUCCUUUUGUCGGUGGCGAAAGACGUGGGAAGAGAGGAGAGCAGAUUGUCGGUGUACACACACUUAGGUUGUUACGUUCGCGGACGAAAGAGAACGAGAACGAAAACGAGAACGAGAAGGAGAGACAGAGAAGAGAGGCGAGGUCAACAAGGUACCCGAUAUGGUAUCCCACGUCCGCCACUCGGAGCAGAGAUUUUUACAAAUGCGGUCAAUAUGGAUUCCCACGUUGGUCUCGAUUACAUCGUGGAUAAUCCUGAUUACUGCGUCAAGCUCGCCUCGGCCUUGGACACUGCCUGUACGUCGGUGAAGAAACAAGUGGUGGAAUUGCUUUCGGCGCUUUGCGUGUACAGUCAGGAUGGAAGACAGAGAGCCAUCGACACUCUUCACGAGUAUCAGAAACGGAAAGGCGAACGCUACCGAUUACGAAUCGUCGUGGAAGAAUUGCAGAACGCCACUGCGGAGGAUUAUCGGACGGCGUUGCUAGCGUUUAUAAAUUGUUUGGUCAUCUCUACGCCCGUGCUAAAGGAUCGUAUAAGAAUCCGCAACGAGUUCAUCGGCUUGAAGCUUCUUCCGAUUUUGAACGAGCUACGGAAAAGCCACUCUCCAGACUUGAGGGUACAACUCGACGCCUUCGACGAUCAACGAGAAACUGACGAAGAAUUGUCGAAUCACGGACCACCGGGUAUCGAUCUUUCUUCUCAUGUCGAUGUCUUUUACGCGAUUCUCGGCCAAAUCGCCGAUACUCCGCAAGAAAUACCUUUUUUAAGUAUUCUUCAACAUCUGCUACGACUGGAUCCCAAGGAUGCCGCCAGCGACUUAGCGUGGGACACGGCGGAGACGUUGGUGCAUAGAGCCACCUUACUGGAGAACCGGGAAGACGCUACCAAAUUGCUGCGAUCACCUAGUCUCCAAACGAACCUAUGUUGUCAUUGUCGAGGGACCGAUCAGACGUGCGGAACGUCUCGAAAAGCAUCGUUGCAGGUGAACAAUUCGACAGCGGGGCCGCAGGUUGCGCCGCCUUUGCCUCCUCCGCCUCCACCUGCCGGCCCGUUGACUCCGAAUCAAGGUCGUGUUUUACCGCCACCACCGCCUCCGCCCCUUUUCGCCACCAACGCGACGCACGCCGAUGCAUCGAUGGAGCCGCCGCCUAUACCGCCACCGUUGCACGUGCUACCGGUCACACGGGCGCCCACCCCCGAGCAACCGAAUAAUCACGCGAGACUUUUGCCGCAACAGGAAAUACCCACCCCCAAGGCAAAGAUGAAAACCAUCAAUUGGAACAAGAUACCUAAUCACAAGGUGAUCGGUAAACGCAACAUUUGGUCUCUGGUCGCGAACGAGCAUCAAAAUUCUCCCAUGGCGGAUUUAGAUUGGGCAGAAAUGGAGGGAUUGUUCUGCCAACAAGUACCACCUAUGUUACCCGCCGCAUCGUGUUCCUCGUACGGUGCCACUUCCGAUGCCGAAAAGAGACGUCGAGAACCGACCGAGAUCGCGCUACUCGACGGCAAGAGGAGCCUGAACGUCAACAUAUUCUUGAAACAGUUUCGAAGUUCGAACGAAGAUAUCAUUCGACUUAUAAAAGAGGGUGGUCACGACGACAUCGGGGCGGAGAAGCUACGUGGUCUUUUAAAGAUUUUGCCAGAGGUGGAUGAAUUGGAGAUGCUCAAAAGUUUCGACGGCGACAAGUCGAAGCUUGGUAAUGCCGAAAAGUUCUUUCUGCAACUCGUCCAAGUGCCAAACUACAAAUUAAGGAUAGAAUGCAUGCUGUUGAAAGAGGAAUUCGCAGCCAAUAUGGCCUAUUUAGAACCGAGCAUCAAUUCGAUGAUCUUAGCCGGCGAGGAUCUCAUGACGAACAAACCGCUUCAAGAGAUGCUCUACAUGGUUCUGGUCGCUGGAAAUUUUCUCAACUCGGGUGGUUACGCGGGAAACGCUGCCGGAGUAAAGUUGUCUUCUUUACAAAAAUUAACCGAGAUUCGUGCGAAUAAGCCAGGAAUGAAUCUCAUACAUUACGUCGCUUUGCAAGCGGAAAGGAAGAGGAAAGACCUGUUAGAUUUUACCAAGAAUAUGACUGCGUUAGAAGCUGCAACGAAAACUACGACAGAGCAGCUGAACAACGAAUUCAACGCACUCGACACGAAGAUUAAGAAGAUUAAGGCGCAGAUUCAAUAUCCUUCGACGGAAAUCGAUAUACAAGAGCAAAUGGCACAAUUUUUGCAGAUGGCGGAACAGGAAAUGAGUCAACUGAAAAGAGACAUGGAAGAACUGGAAACGUUAAGGAGAUCGCUCGCCGAAUUUUUUUGCGAAGACGCAAACACUUUCAAGAUCGAGGAAUGCUUCAAAGUAUUCCAUCAGUUUUGUCAAAAAUUUAACCAAGCCGUCGCGGAGAACGAAAGACGCAGAAUUCAAGAGGAGCAAGUCUUGGCGAGGCGCAAGCAACGAGAGGAACAGUUAUUGGCUAAAAAACGACUACUAACCAAUCAAGCCGAGGCACCAACCUCUGAAUCCGAAUGCAACCUAGCCGACUAUGAUCCCAUCGAUUUUAAUGCCAGUUUACUUUCAAGAAAUUAUAGUCGCAGUCACGAAGCCAAAAUCAAACGAUUACAAAACGGAGGCGUCACGUCCGAUGACGAUGUCUCGAUUACCGGCUCGCCGAAUAUUCGUCGACGUCUAGGUUCUUGUUCCGGUGGAACCAUCGAUCAUCAAUCUGCCAAAGAAGAAAUAUAUUCUCCAGAUGUUACACCGAACGGAACCCUUCGACGUCGCCGAAGUCGAAUACCUUGCGAAGACGACGACGGUAAUCUGAUGGACUUUUUAAGAACGUCGGGUCAAGAUGGUACUCGAGAAAGAAAAUCUUGGGGCAGUUUAGAUCGUUCAUGGGCACGAAAAGCUCGCGGACAAUCUCGAAGAAGCGAUCUAUUGAACGCCGAUUUUUCGGGCGAUCGCGAAAGACCGAGUUCACCGUCGCCUUUGAUAGAAAGCAAACCGUUUUUGCAAGAAGAAGAAACGAAGCCUGCAGGGAAAGCAUGGCGACAAAAGAUCGAAGCGUGGUUGUCGGAAAACGAGAAAGAAGAUCGAGCUGGUGAAGAGCUUCAGAAGAAAGCGAGACAAUUGCAUCAAGCGAACCGACGGUCCUUCGAAGACUCGGAAAGCGAAGGCAAGACGAACACCCCGACCGAAAGUAAUUCGACGCGUGAAGCAUACUCCGAUAUUUACGACUGGCGUCCGUCGGUCGAGAAGACGGACGUUAUGCGCACAAUGGAAGCUAUUGAAGAAGCAGAAACGCAUCCGUCGCAAAAGGACAAAUCUCCUUGGCGAAAGUCCAGCUUGAACGUACCAAAUAGCAUGGAAGAGACUGAUCCUCGAUACUCUCGUAGAUUAAGAUCAAGACUCAGCGCGGACAACGUACUCGCAUUAAGUACUUUACAGUCCAUUAAAGAGGAAGAUAGGAAGAGGAACAGACUACAGGACGCGAUAAACUCGGAUCAUCAAGACGAGUUGACGAUAUACCUAAGGCAGCCGUACGCGAAUCCACAGGCCUCUACUUCGCGAAAAUUUUCAAAGUUGAAGAAAGGCACGGACGAGGAGAAGAUCAGCGACAAGAUCGAAAUCGAUUCGGACAACAUCGAAACUCCUCCGGCAACUAGAAAACUGUUUAGUCCGCCAAAAGAAGUGAAGCCGGUUGAAAAGGAACCGUGCAAAAGGGAACGUUGUAACGGCUCUUUCCAGAGUAGAGAUCUGAAGGUCGCGGCUGUGAAAAAUGUAAAUGGUAGCACGGAUCUUGGUGCAGGUAACUUCGAUCGUUACUCAGCGGCGAGAAGAACGCGGAGAUACAAAAAAGCGCAAGAUUCCGCGGAAAAAGAGUCGAAACAGGAAGCAGCAAACUCGGAAUCGUUCGAGGAGAAGCCGGUGCAACGUCCACACACUCUACCCUUGUCCGAAGAGGGGGACGACGAAGAUUUUAUGUUACGCGCUUGGCAAGAUAAACUAAAACGACGCGAAGCGUCCUCGUUCGACAUCGACACUGCACUGGCAGACAUCGUUCGUUCCGGCGAGGAUCUUCAACGUUUGUCGCGACCGUUGACGCACCGCAACUCGCGGUUACCCGUUAGCCAACCACCGCCCGUUGUCGCGGUAACGAAUACCGUUCUUAGUCCCGUGAUGCAGGAGUCGCGACCGCGAGAACCAUCGUUGACGGUUCUACCGGAAAGAGCAGUUACCAGCCGAGAACGACAGAGAAGCAUGAUCGAUCCUAGUCAAGUGAAAGAAGCGAUUCGAUUAGCGAACAAUCCACCGAGUCAGGUGAAUCAGAGCAACGACAACGAAGCGACUUUGGCGUCGUUGAGACUUCGAAAAUCUGACGAUUCCCGAAAAGAAGAACGCAACGAGGAUCGAACGGACUCGGUGGAUGAGUCGAAACGACGAAAAACGAAUGAUCAGAUUCACGAUCGAAACGGAAUCAACGUACAACCUACGCAUCCCGAAACGACCGAUACAUCGGUGUUCCACGGUAGAUUUGUUCCCGAUAUAAGCGUCACCGCUUCUCCUACGUUGCCCGUUACAGUUAAAGGACGGGACCAAGAAAUGAAUGACGAAGGAUUCGAGGAAACACAGAGUUUAGUUUCGGAAACGCUUAGCCAAGAAACGUCGUCCGGUAAUUAUGAGACGGAUACGCACGACUCGAUAAGAUGUUCACCGGCUGAACUGCGUUAUACCAGGAACGAUCACGAACGCGUUCACAUAGACGCGACCGAGCAUCUUACCGGACCAACGAUCGAAAACGCAGUGAAAUCGUCGUCGAUCAAAGUUUUCGAUAAACGAGCGAACGCGGUGAAACGUGCUAGCGAAAAAUCAAGCUUCCUACCGAAACGAACUAACGGUAUCAAACGAACGGAUGUGGCAUCUAGGAAAGCGGAAUCGAUGCAAAGGAAUUCCGAUCAAACGCUUCGACCUAAUAACAAUCCUUCGAGAAACGAAGUAGAACGUUCAGGCUCGAGAAGUAGUCUCCGCAGUUCGCGAAGUUCCCUGAAUAGUGCCACUUCCGUGAAUACCGUACGAAACUUGGUACCGAAUCACGCUCAUUUACGUACUUAUACGUCCGCCAUUUGCGCAUUGACCAACGAUCUACGGAAAAGUCCGUCAAGCGGUCCACCGCUUCCCAAGAGCACGGAGAAACGUCGAACCAAUCCACGGGCGACUAUCAGCAGAAUACCCGCGAGCAGAAGCAGUAGCAGUGGAAGCAGCGUCGGUCCAACCGCGAGAACCAUUCGCAAAUCUCUCGGGCCAACGAUCGACGCGCAGAAAGGAAGCAAAGGACGAACAAUCGCUUCGCGAAGCAGCAGUAGCGGAAGCGGUAGUAGCACCGGACAACAACCUGCUUCGUUGAACCGCGCGAACAUCGGACAAACGUCAACCUCAAAAAGCAAAUUGAUUCAGCCAAGAGCCGGAACCAGAAACCACAGUUUCAUGAGACCAACCGCCGCGAGUGUAAAUAAGGGUUCCACUCCCAAUUUGCCGAGAAGCAUCAGAGGUUUGGUCAAAUGAUUCUUUUACCAAAAAUUUGAUCGACGUUUUACACGAGCUGUUAUGUUAAUGCGAUAAUUGCUUGGCUAUAUGUACGCAAACCGGUAACGCAAGAGCGUCGUACAGAGCAUCACUGUCGUUGAAACGUUACACGUGGCAUUAUAGAAACUACGAUGAAUGAAUAUACCUUUUUAAUUUCAAUAUCGUUCGUAACAAUUACACGAACACGAGAGACCACGGCGACUCUGAAAUAAUUUAUGUCGUAUCAGUUAAUAUAUUUAAUGAUUAUUUUCAGUCUUUUAGAAUGAACUAACUACGCCCAUGUACGAUACGCGUACAAGUUCAAACUGUACGCGUGCGUAAAAUAUGGCCAUAUUAGCAAAUCAAAAUAACGAAGUGGACGUAAUUUAAUAUUUUUCAAGACGCCGUUGCUCGCGUCGUAAUCCUGUAUAAAAUAGCCAAUUCGAAUGACGGUCAGUAGGCGAAACAUAGGUUAAGAUUUCUGCGAAGAAUUUUCAAAUUCCGUUGUUCGCGCGAAAAAAUGUGCGUAUCAACUUUUAUCGAGUUUGUACGCUUUCAUCGUUAUAUUUAACAAACGAUAUCUAUAUCUGUUUAUUUACACGAACGUUAUACAUGUAUCGUCAAUUAAUUUUAUAUCGCAUCAAAAACAUGUUUUUCCAGGGCGAAUUCGGUUACGAAUUACAACUGUUUACAGAGAAAUGUAAGUUUGCCAACGAUCGAUGUUCUUUUAUUUCGACCUUGAAAAACGAUACGAUAGGAUACGCAAUAAACGUAGAAAAUGAUGA